UUAAGUGAUACACACGAGCAGCUAAGUUAAUCUAGCUCCCUGCGGUUGUAAAACAAUGAACUAAACAGAAUGACAGCCCGCGGUCCUGCCUAAUGGCACAAUUCCGCACGUCUGGAUGAUGGUUCCGCAUCAUUGACUUUUUACCUGUACAAUGAUCCACGGACCGUGAUAGCAGUGCCCGCUGUCGUCGGCCCAGAAGAACGUACCGAUUCCUCACACUGACAGGGCAAUGCUACAGACCCUCACAGAACUAGUUCCACAGAGUCUGGAAAGUUGUUUCUUUGAAAUUUGGUGAUUGCAUUCUUUGGAUAACAAAAAGUACCUUCUUUUCCAAGAGAGCGUUAAAUAUUCUUGGUGUUUGUACGGUUGACCAAAUAAUGGAAAACAGUGAGGAGGAUUUUGUUUGUUUCUUCUUGUUUGGAUUAUUGAUAUCCCUCUAGAUAUUUUCCUGGGUAUGGAUAACACACCGUCUUGGGUAAAACAUUUCGAUGAGAACUACAGACUCGCCACAAAAAAUGAAACGGAAUUUUCACAUAAUAACUCAGCCAGUGAACUCGAUACACAUGCGAGGCAGCUUCAUCACAGCCAAACUUACGCGGGAGAUCUCUCGGGCCGGAAGCUGUCAUCGAGUCAGAUUCUGCCGCGCAUCCAUACAGCUCAAUCAGAUUUAAGUUGCUCAAUCUCAGAGGAUGAACGGAAAGUGAAAAAGAAGCGUCGCAGACGACAAAUUGACGAAACAUCCGGGUACAGCACCACCUCGCUAAGCGAGGUUUCGGAAGUGGACACGCCAAAAAGGCGCGCAAACAGACGACCAAACCAGAAUAAUCCAAACGGUCGCAGGGAAGACUUACCAGAAGAUGGACGAUUACCGACUAGUGCUAAUCAACAAAGAAGGCGGGAAAAUCUGUCGGACGAUCGUAGUGAGAGAAGUCGUGUUAGUCGAACUUCAGACAAUCGAAAGAAUAGCCAAGCUUCAAUGGUAUCUAAUACUCCUCGGAACGAUAAUCGAAAAAAUAGCCAAGCUUCAGUUUUAUCUAGUACAAAGAGAGAGUGUGAUAAAGCAUUAGUAAGAAACAGCCGCAUUCGUUCUACAACGGACAGUCUAGCUACUAGUGUUCAUAGUGGCAGCAAGCCAAAUCUGUAUGAUAACAAUCAAAGACGCAUAAGUUCCUCCUCAUCCCGGCUAGACAUACAGUCUCUAGCCAACAGGAAACUCUACGGGUCCAGGGAAACACUUGACCCUUUCGCUUUCAUCCAACCGGCUCCAGAACCGUUUGGACGAAAAGUCCGGAAAACUUGUCGUCCAAUUCUUGGAUUUUUUGUGAUGCUUAUUCUUGCUGCCAGUUUAGGGGCAGCUAUAUACUUUGCAGUUGAGUUAAAAAAAACACACGAAAACGAAAUCGAGAUGCUUCGUGCCAAUUUAGCUUUGAAAAUAAAGAGUAGUAAUUUUUACGACAGUCUGGAAAACCUCUCAUCCAAAGACUUCAACAACAUAGCCAUGGCAUAUUGCCAACAGAUGGAUACAUAUUACAAGAAGAGUCAGUUUGAAACAACGUAUCGAGGGUGUGAGGUCUUGUCCAUUAAAGAUGAACACAUCAAUUUUACAUUGUUCUUUGUGGAGAAAGACGCCUCAAAGCGAGACAUAAUAUCUGUGAUAGAGACUUCCGCUCCCAAAGUCAAUGAAACAGCGGCCAACGUAGCAUUGGUGGAUCGCUUUGAAAUUGAACUGGACCAAGUGAAAAUAAAAAUAGAACGAGAAAGAACGCCGGUUGAUUUCAAUAGAAUACAAGAUAAACCUUCAACUCCAAAAACCACUACCCAGAAACCCACUACGGUAAAACCCACCACCAGAACGCUUCAAUCUACAAAAACUACGUCAUUGCAACCUCCAUCAACGACAGAAAUACCAAUGACGUCAUCGCAACAAAACGUCACUAAUGUCACUGAAUCUACCACCACUUCGAGGUUAACUACAGCAGUAUCAACCAAUCAGAGCACAGCGCCCGAGAAGGCCACCGUAGAAAUGUUGAAAGCAUGGGAUCCGUGCCAAUUACUAGAGGGUAGUUUCUUCAGACAUCCCACAGACUGCAAUCAAUAUUUCCAGUGUGAACACAAAAAGUCUAUCCUACAAACCUGUACAGGGGCCCUGGUGUUUGACGUGGACUCCAACAACUGUGUCCAUGACAGACCAGGCAUUGUGUGUCCGGACCCCGCCAAGGCCCCGCCUAAACCCACGGGGUACGAGCCUAUUACGAGGAAAAUCCCUUCCACCAAACCGACGACAACACCCGCUACCACCACCACUGAUAGUGUGUUCUCCAGCAACCAAACGAGGCCCGAAUACCCCGGUAGACCAGAAUAUGAACGAGAACCUUGUUUGAAAGCAAAAGCUGGAACGCUUCACCCUCAUCCAGAUGACUGCAAGAAAUUUAUACAAUGCAUUAGCCUCAACCGAGGGCAGGAGCUGACGUGUGCCAUGAAUCUUGUGUAUGACCCGGACGCUAAAAUGUGCAUCCACCCGAAAAAUGACUUAAUCUGCCCAGACAUUCUACCCUGUUUGCAGAAAAGCAAUGGAUAUUUUGCUCACCCUUUCAACUGUUCAUUAUAUAUUCAGUGCGAGUCAGGUCGAGAAAAGAUUCAAACGUGCUCACCUGGACUGAUUUGGGUGGCCUCUGUGAACAGUUGUAUGUAUCCCACGGACAGUAACUCGUGCAAAGACAAAGUAGUCACGUGACAAACCACUUUCGUGUGGGACGUCAUCCUUAGUUAUCAUUAUUAUUAUUUUAUUAUGAUCACCAUUAUUCUCAUACCGUUUUGUUGUUAUCAUAUUUUUGUAACAUAUCAGAAAAAAGCCACACAAACGUGCAUUUGUUAUUUAAACAAUUUCUGAUUCAUGUUGUUUUAUUAUAUUCCUUACAGGAAUAAUAAAAUUGUUGAUUGAAAAAUGUCUAUUAUUUCACAAGA